CAGUUUUAUCAAAAUAUUUUACAAAAAAUGGACGAAAAACGAAUCGAUUACGUUAUAGUUUUUGAGAGUAAAAUCAAGGAUUCUGAAAAUUAUACCACCGUUGAAAAAUUCAUGAAAUUUCUAGAGGAACAAGGACUGGAACUCCAAUUGCAUUCAGAUGAGGCUGAAAAAUUUAUUUUUCUCACUCUCCACAUCCCAGGACAACUCCUGCACGAAUUUGCCCAUAUUUACAAUGUAAAAUUGACUGAUUCCGGCCACGGGCCGGCUUUUGGGACCAUUUCAAGUAUUGAUUUCGCCGAUUUCAAUUUUUUUAACGCACCGAUUAACGAUAAAAACUUCAUAAGAGAACGGGGGCCUACAACAACCGAACGAAUUUUAAUAGCUUACGAAAUACUGAGCGAAGCUAAAUUUGGCGACGAUGAAAACGACUACGGAAUCGAAAAAUUAAUCCGACUUGGGAUUGUCAAAACGGCUUAUCCGUUACACGACGGGGAUUUCGAGUGGGAUGAUAAAGAGGGAGGAUAUUUAAUCCCGGAGAAUGACCGACAAUUGUUGUUGAAGUAUUGGGCAAAUUUCUCGCUUUGGUACAAAGAGCAGCCUUUGAACUUAAUUGAGAAAUAUUUCGGAACUGAGGUAGGGUUCUAUUUCGCCUGGUUGGGGUUUUACAACAGAAUGCUGAUCCCAGCGGCUGUUGUUGGUCUUGUUUGCUCUAUAAUCAGCUUUGUGCAGUUGUUUUUUAUGCAAAAACAAAGAACUAAUGAAAUAUGUUCAAGUGACUUGCCGAUUUGCCCCAUUUGUCGGACAGGGGAUGGUUGUGUGCGUUUGCCCUUAAACAGUUUUUGUACUUAUGCGAAAAUUUCCACCACUUUUGAUAAUAAGGAAACGGUGUUUUUUGCAGUGUUUAUGUCGUUUUGGGCAACGUUAUUUACGAAACUUUGGCAAAGGGUUGAAAGUACGUUAAAGAUUCAAUGGAACGUUGAAUUUGAAAAAAUCGACACAAAACUAAGGCUGGAAUACAAGGAAAAAAGUACGCACAAGACCUGGUCCUACGUGUACGAAAGACCGCGACCAUACACGCCGACCUUAACAAAAGCCUUCUACCUCACGUUAUCCUAUGGAACAUGUUUUUUAAUGAUCAUGAUUGUAAUAUUAUUUGUUUACGGCCUCGCCAUGUUCAGAGUCACCAUCACUGAUCGUAUGCAAAGAAAGUGGACACCAUCCCAACAAGCACAUGUUGUAUUUGUGCUAAUAUUAACAAGUGCUUGUAUACAAGUUAUUUUCGUAAAACUAUUCGCAAAAUUCUAUCGGCCGGUAUCUUCAUGGUUAACCAAUUUGGAAAACCCCCGAACCCAGUCAGAUUUUGACAGUUCAAUCAUCAGCAAAAGAUAUAUUUUGGCUUUCGCUAAUAAUUAUGCCCCUUUGCUUUACAUAGCGUUUUUAAUGGACCGUUUUUAUGCCCCUGAUGACCCACCGGACUCGUUUCAAGCCGACCGUUGUGGACCCACAGGCUGUUUGAUGCCGCUUUGUGUCCAACUUUGUUUUCUUAUGUUACUGAAAUCUUUUUUUGGGAAUUUACUCACCCUCAUUGCUCCGAAAUUAACAACACGAUUUCAAAAGAAAAGGACCAAUCACACAGAUAGACCUCAGUGGGAAAGAGAGUUUGACUUAAAUCCUUCAAGGCAAUAUCUACUCACAACAGAAUUUAUGGAGAUGAUUAUCCAAUACGGGUUUGUCACUUUUUUCGUGGCAGCUUUUCCUUUGGCGCCUUUGUGCGCUUUGAUAAAUAAUUGUCUGGAAUUACGUUUAGAUGCUUAUAAAUUGGUAACGAGGCACAGAAGACCUAUACCCAAGCAAGAGAGUGGGAUAAGUACAUGGAACAAUAUACUGCAUUUUAUCACACAUCUGAGUGUAGCAACAAAUGCUUUCGUUUUGGCGUUCACUAGCGAUUUUGUUGCUCGUAUAGUUUACAAAGCAACCCACAACAAAUCUUUAGAUGGUUACAUCGAGUGGACAAUGUCACUUUAUAACUUGGACGACUACGAUAAACCUAUCAAAUCCAAGGCUUUACGAGCCAGUAACAACAGCAGUCGUUUGUGUUACUACAAGGCAUUGCGUUAUCCCCCAGAUCACCCCAAGGAAUACCAACAAACCGAUUAUUUCUUUUACGAGACCGGAAUGAGACUCUUAUGCGUGAUUAUUUUUGAGCACAUUAUUAUGAUUACAAACGGUGUUCUGGCUUAUUUUAUCCCAUCGGUGCCUGAAAACGUGAAAGAAAUGCUACAUCACGAAAAAACCCAAGAGUUCGAACUUCAAAUGAAAAUGAAAAAUACCGUAAGAAGGAGGAAAUGGAGAAAAACACCAAAAUAAAUCGAAAUAAAGGGGUGAGAAAAAUGCAACAACAGUUUAGAAAAUAUUUUUUUAUUUAUUUGUAUAAAUUUUUAUUUUUAUAAUACAUAAAGUGAACUAGA